CUGUGAGCAUGCAGUGAAAUGGCUGAAGCAAGUGUUUCAGCAGAGCAGUUCAUCUGUUCAGUGUGCCUGGAUUUGCUAAAGGAUCCAGUAGCCAUUCCCUGUGGACACAGUUACUGUAAGAGCUGCAUUACAGGCCACUGGAAUCAAGAGGAUGAGAAGAGAGUCUACAGCUGCCCUCAAUGCAGACAGACCUUCAGACCAAAACCUACUUUAGGCAAAAACACCAUGCUGGCUGAAGUGGUGGAGAAACUGAAGAAAACUGAACUCCAAACUGUUCCUGCUGGACCUGGAGAUGUGGAGUGUGACGUCUGCAUUGGAAGAAAACACAAAGCUGUAAAGUCCUGCAUGGUGUGUCUGAAUUCUUAUUGUCAAAACCACCUUGAACAACAUGAGAAUCUCUUCAAAGGAAAGAAACACAAUCUAAUGGACGCCACGGGACGACUACAGAAGAUGAUCUGCCAGAAACAUGAAAAACUGCUGGACAUUUACUGCCGUACUGACAAGUGUUGCAUUUGUGUGCUCUGUGUGGUGGAUGAACACAAAAACCACAAAACUGUCUCAAGUGCAGUGGAGAGAGCAGAGAAACAGAAACACUUGGUUCAGACACAAAUAAAAUUCCAGCAGCAAAUCCAGGAGCGAGAGAAGAAACUUCAGGAGCUGAGAGAGGCUGUUAAGACUCACAAGCGCUCUGCACAGACAGCAGUGGAGGACAGUGAGAGGACCUUUACUGAACUCAUCCAGUCCAUAGAGAAAAGACGAUCUGAGGUCACACAGAUGAUCAGAGAUCGAGAAAAGACUGUAGUGAGUCGAGCUGAAGGUCUCUUGAAAAAACUAGAACAUGAAAUUGAUCAACUAAGGAGGAGAAAUGCUGAGCUGCAGCAGCUUUCACAGACACAUAAUCACACCUUUUUCCUCCAGAGUUUCCCGACUCUCCCUGUUCCUCCUGGAUCUCCAGAUGUUCCCAGCAUCACUGACAGUUCUCUGGAUGUUGUAGGAAAAUCAGUCUCUAAAAUGAGACAGAAACUGGAGGAGUUCUGCAGAGAAGAAAUUGAAAAACUCUCUGGAAGAGUGACAUGCAUCCAGAUCAUUCCCACCCCAGAAUAUGAGAGCAGGAAAGACUUCCUACAGUAUUUCUGUCGAUUUACUCUGGAUCCAAACACUGUGCAUAAACACCUCCAUCUGUGUGAGGGGAACAGAGCGGUGACUUACAGUAGAACACACCAAGAGUAUCCUGAUCACCCAGACAGAUUUAGUUUUUGGCAUCAGGUGUUGUGUAUUGAGAGAGUGCGUGAACGCUGCUAUUGGGAGGUUGAAUGGAGUGGGGAUUAUUGUGUGUGUAUAUCAGUGUCUUAUCAGAGUAUAAGCAGAAAGGGAUGGGGUGAUAAGAGCCAAUUUGGAAGUAAUGAUCAGUCCUGGAGUUUAAUCUGCUCUCCUUCCAGUUACACAUUCUGUCAAAAUAACAAACAGACUGAACUCUCUGCAGUGUCCAACUCCCGUAAAAUAGGAGUGUAUGUGGAUCACAAUAUCGGAAUUCUGUCUUUCUACAGCAUCUCUGACACAAUGACCCUCAUCCACAGAGUCCAGACAACAUUCACUCAGCCGCUCUAUCCUGGGUUUAGGUUUAUUUUUCCAUUUGUGUACAGAUUAUUUGGAUCAGCUGAAUAUCCAACAGCAAAACUGUGUGACAUUAAAUAGAUGGUCCAUGGAUUCUGCACAUGCUGAUUUGCCUAAAAUAGUUAAUGGGAUUUGACAGAUGUUGCUGCUUAGUAUACACACUUGUUGAUGUAACAGAUUUGAUUAGAUCUAAAAAAAAAUAAUAAAUUAAAUAAAUAAAUAAAUAAACAGAUAAGAGUAACGAGUAAAGAGCUCCAGCGCUUCAGUAGAACUCUACCCUUUACAGAAUAAUGCAUUUACAUGUAUGUGGGAAUGCAGCAAUAUUUUAUGCCUGUACAAAUGUUUACAUUUCUGUAAUAUAAGUUCAGUUGUUUUACAUGGUUGAUGUGAUUUGGAAUAUCUAUGGAAGUAACCUAUAGUAUCUCAUUUUGAAGAAAGCAAUAUUGAGUUCUCUGUAGUUGUUCAGUCGUUAUACAAGUGGGAUGAUUGUAGUAUUUGUCCUCCUCCAUUAAUUGGAAGACUGAGUAAAAAGUGACAAUGAUGAGUGCUACAUUUUACCCAUAGUUGAACAGUUUUCAACUCUCAGCUACAAAAAAAUAAAAAUAAAAAUAAAAACAAGCAACGAACUUGUGAAAUAUUAUGGUAGUGCAUCAAAAUGUAGUGUCAUCAUUUUGCCAAUGAUAUUACAUGUAAUGCUAUUUUUGUCUUCAUUUCUAAAUAUUUUUAUUUAUCAGUAUAUAUAACCAUACAAGGUCAAUGCACAUGUUGCAGUAUAUUUAAAAAAUAUCAGCACUAGUUUCC